GCCCCUCCCACGUGAAUGAGUGUAACCUUCUGGUUGAUGGAUGAACGUGCUGGAUUUGGAGACGUGCUUGGCAAUGCAAUGGCUUGCGUUGUCAGUUGUAUGACACGUCGCCUUUCAUUCGUCCCCUUAGGCUCACCACGGCAGCACUGGCAUCAUUCCGACUGAAGAGAACCAACGGGACCUUAGCGGCACAGACUGGGCUAAACAUCGACGCAGAGAGAGAGAGAGUGAGAGAGAGAGAGAGAGAGAGAAAUAACGCUCCCGUCCCGGAUUCGCGUCUUUUCAUCGUUUGCUGGUUUCACUGACAGUGAGUUAGAACGGUUUAGAAUGCGGGACUCCAACUUUAAGAGCUGUCAUGAUCCACGUUAAAGACCAGAGCGAAAGGUACACUUUCAGUAGGAAUUGGAGAUAGCAGUUUGGGAUUCAUUCCCUCUCCACCAAUCUUUGGUGCGCAGAUUAAAAGUACCUUCGUCUUUGCAUAUAACACUCUCCCAAUAGCCGAGUAGUGAUGGCGAUGCUUAUAAAAAGUAAGCUUUCAAACGUUGCGACUUCUGUUUCGAACAAAUCUCAGGCUAAAGUUAGCGGGGUGUUCGCCCGGAUGGGGUUUCAGGCGGCAACCGAUGAAGAAGCGGUUGGGUUUGCACAGUGUGAUGAUCUGGACUAUGAGCAUCGCCAGGGUUUGCAGAUGGACAUUCUGAAACCCGAAGAGGUGUCUGGAGGAGCCGAGCCAGUGGAUGAGGGUGAUAGUCACUAUCAGAGAGACGGGGCUGGUCUGCCUCCUUCCAGCUCGAAAGACGGGGAGCCGUGCAUGGAAUUAGCAGCUCAGGGAAAGCCGAAAAUCACUGCCUGGGAAGCAGGCUGGAAUGUGACCAAUGCAAUCCAGGGUAUGUUCGUCCUGGGCUUGCCCUAUGCUAUUCUGCAUGGAGGAUAUCUAGGACUAUUUUUAAUAAUAUUCGCUGCUGUUGUGUGUUGCUACACGGGGAAGAUCCUGAUCGCUUGUCUGUACGAGGAAAACGAAGACGGACAGCUGGUGAGAGUAAGGGACUCCUAUGUAGACAUUGCAAAUGCCUGCUGCGCCCCUCGCUUCCCAAAGCUGGGUGGCAGAGUCGUGAAUGUAGCCCAGAUCAUUGAGUUAAUAAUGACUUGCGUAUUGUACGUGGUUGUAAGUGGCAACCUUAUGUAUAACAGCUUCCCAAAUCUGCCUAUCUCUCAAAAAUCGUGGUCUAUUUUGGCCACUGCAGUGCUGUUACCUUGCGCGUUCCUGAAAAACCUGAAAGCGGUCUCCAAGUUCAGUUUGCUCUGCACUUUGGCACAUUUUGUAAUUAACAUCUUAGUGAUCGCCUACUGUCUGUCCAGAGCCCGGGACUGGGCCUGGGAUAAAGUCAAAUUUUACAUUGAUGUAAAAAAAUUCCCCAUUUCCAUAGGCAUUAUCGUUUUUAGCUAUACUUCACAGAUCUUCCUUCCGUCGCUGGAGGGCAACAUGAAGAGCCCCAAAGAAUUUCACAGCAUGAUGAACUGGACACAUAUAGCGGCGUGUAUACUCAAGGGACUGUUUGCUCUGGUCGCUUUCCUGACCUGGGCAGAUGAGACAAAAGAGGUAAUCACAGACAACCUCCCGUCUACUAUCCGAGCAGUGGUUAACAUUUUUCUCGUGGCCAAAGCUUUGCUUUCCUAUCCAUUGCCAUUCUUCGCAGCUGUAGAAGUCUUAGAGAAGUCCUUUUUCCAAGAGGGCAGAAUUGCAAUGUUUACUAAUUGUUAUGGGGCCGAUGGUAAAAUCAAAUCCUGGGGGUUAGCUUUAAGAUGCGUCCUCGUGGUCUUGACCUUGCUGAUGGCCAUGUAUAUCCCCCAUUUCGCUUUGCUAAUGGGCCUGACAGGUAGCCUUACGGGCGCUGGCCUCUGUUUUCUGCUCCCCAGCCUCUUCCACCUCAAACUUUUGUGGAGACAGUUGCAGUGGCAUCACGUGUUUUUCGAUGUCUCCAUAUUUGUAAUAGGUUCUAUAUGCAGUGUGUCUGGAUUUAUCCACUCGUUAGAGGGUCUGAUUGAAGCGUACGAUACAAACGCAAGUGAUUGAGGAUGUAUUCGGGCAUGUGUUACGUUUCUAGUAGAUUUACAAAACAUUUCAGAUAGUCGCCCAUUUUAAUUUUGUGCAAAACUCAAAAAAAUGUUACCUAAAAUGGUCCAAUAUCUGCAUUACUGUGUGAAAAAAUCUACAAUUAAAUUAUCACCGCAUUGCGGCAACCCAUGCCACUACAAAUCAACGUGAUAUAAUUGAAGAUGGCAGGCCAGCCUUCAGAAAUUCCUUGAGGUACUUUCAGCGUAUUCCCAAUACGCAGUGGUGCCGGAGUCUGCUAUAAUCAACACGCUUCCUGACAUUAUAGGAUUUCAACAGUCUUUAGGCAAGAGGCUGGAAGCGUCUUAAAGUCCAUGUUUAAUAUAUGGAGGGGAGUAUAUGUGCUAACUAAGCGAUUGUCUCAUGAAUUUGUGGAAAUGUUUUAAAACGUAUGUGUGGUGUGGUUAUACAUGGCGGAAUGUAAAAAAAGUUUAUCUUGAAGCAAACAUUGUGUAAUAUAUAUAUAUAAAACAUAUAUGGUCUAAUAAAUGAGAGUAUCUAAUUCA